CAAGCCCAAGCCCGGGACUCUCCCCAGGCCGCGCCCCACCUUCAGUGAAUCCUGGCGGCCCAGCUCCGAGUCACCUGAGCCAGCGGACUCCCCAGGGGUCCCACCGACUCCGCCCCUGGCUGUCCCUCCCACCCCUCUGGGCGGGCCCGUCCCCUCCUCCACCUCCGCAGGGCGGAGCGUCUAGCUGAUGGCUGGGAGCCGGGCUGGGAGCCGGGCUCGGAGGCACUGGGCGGUCAGUGGGUUCCAGACGCGUCGCCGGCUGGUUGGGGUGCUGGCAUGGCCGCGUGCUUGUGAGUGCGGAGCGCGCGAGGGGCCGCUGCCACCAUGCCCAGGGGAGCGGGUGCCGCCGGGCUGUGCCUGCUGGCGCUCGCCCUGCCGGUGUGGAGCAGAAGAGGAAGUGGGGAGGGCAGCCCCCCUCUACAGCAUGAACUAAUAAUACCUCAGUGGAAGACUGCAGAAAGCCCCGUGGGCGAAAAGCAUCCACUCAAAGCUGAGCUCAGGGUAAUGGCUGAGGGGCGAGAGCUGAUCCUGGACCUGGAAAAGAAUGAGCACCUUUUCGCUCCAGCCUACACAGAAACCCAGUAUACUCCCAGUGGCACCCCUCAAACCACCACGCUGAAAUCCGAGGAUCACUGCUUUUACCACGGGACGGUGAGGAACGCAGAUCAGUCCAGUGUCACGCUCAGCACCUGCCGGGGAAUGAGAGGACUGAUCGUGGUGAACAGUAACCUCAGCUACAUCAUCGAGCCCCUCCCUGGCAGUGAGGGCCACCACCUUAUUUACAGAUCUGAACAUCUCAAGCUGCCUCCUGGGAACUGUGGGUUCGAGCACUCCGGAGCCAGCACCAGGGACUUGGGCCUUCAGUUUACAAACCAGAUCAAGAAAGGACUUCGCCGGAUGAAAAGGGACGAUUUAAGCUCCAUGAAGUAUGUGGAGCUCUACAUCGUGGCGGAUUAUGCGGAGUUUCAUAAGAACGGACGAGACCAGGAUGCCACCAAGCACAAGCUCAUGGAGAUCGCCAAUUACGUUGAUAAGUUUUACCGAUCCCUGAACAUCCGGAUUGCUCUCGUGGGCUUGGAAGUGUGGACUCACGGCGAUUUGUGUGAAGUUUCGGAGAACCCCUACUCUACCCUCUGGUCCUUUCUUCGUUGGAGGCGCAGGCUGCUCAUUCAGAAGAAACACGACAAUGCACAGUUAGUCACGGGCAGGUCUUUCCAGGGCAUCACCAUCGGCCUGGCCCCGCUCAUGGCCAUGUGCUCCGUGUACCAGUCUGGAGGAGUCAACAUGGACCACUCUGAGAAUUCCAUUGGCGUGGCUGCCACCAUGGCCCACGAGAUGGGCCACAACUUUGGCAUGAACCACGAUUCUGCCAACUGCUGCCCAGCCAGCGAGGCUGAUGGUGGGUGCAUCAUGGCAGCGGCCACCAGCCAUCCUUUCCCCAAAGUGUUCAAUGGAUGCAACAAAAGGGAGCUGGACAGGUAUUUGCAGACAGGCGGCGGGAUGUGUCUCUCGAACCUGCCGGACACGAGGACGCUGUACGGAGGCCAGCGAUGCGGAAACGGGUACCUGGAAGACGGGGAAGAGUGUGACUGCGGGGAGGAAGAGGAAUGUGAAAACCCCUGCUGCAAUGCCUCUGAUUGCACCCUGAGAGAGGGGGCCGAGUGCGCCCACGGCGCCUGCUGUCACCGGUGCAAGCUGCUGGCCCCUGGCACGCUGUGCCGCCAGCAGGCCCGGCAGUGCGACCUCCCAGAGUUCUGCACGGGCAAGUCUCCCCAUUGUCCCACCAACUUCUACCAGAUGGACGGCACCCCCUGUGAGGGCGGCCAGGCCUACUGCUACAAUGGCAUGUGCCUCACCUACCAGAAGCAGUGCCAGCAACUGUGGGGGCCUGGAGCCCGGCCUGCCCCUGAUCUCUGCUUCGAGAAGGUGAAUGUGGCAGGGGACACCUUUGGAAACUGUGGGAAGGACAUGAAUGGGGAGCACAAGAAGUGCAGCUUAAGGGAUGCCAAGUGUGGGAAGAUCCAGUGUCAGAGCUCUGAGGCCCGGCCGCUGGAGUCCAACGCGGUGUCCAUCGACACCACCAUCGUCAUGAAUGGGAGGCAGAUCCGGUGUCGGGGCACCCACGUCUACCGAAGUCCCCGGGAGGAGGGUGACAUUCUGGACCCAGGCCUGGUGAUGACCGGAACCAAGUGUGGUCACAACCACGUCUGCUUCGAGGGACAGUGCAGGAACACCUCCUUCUUUGAAAUGGAAGGCUGCGGGAAGAAGUGCAAUGGCCAUGGGGUCUGCAACAACAACCAGAACUGCCACUGCUUCCCGGGCUGGGCCCCGCCCUUCUGCGACACUCCCGGCCAGGGGGGCAGCAUCGACAGUGGGCCCAUGCCCACCGAGGGUGUGGGCCCCGUGCUAGCCGGAGUGUUCUCGGCCAUCUUUGUGCUGGUGGUCCUGGUGCUUAUGUACCACUGCUGCAAGCAGAAGAGCAAACUGAGCCAACUCAAGCCCUUCACCCUUCCCUCCAAGCUGAGGCAACAGUUCAGUUGUCCCUUCAGGGUGUCUCAGAACAGUGGAACUGGCCAUGCCAACCCAACGUUCAAGUUGCAGACCCCCCAGGGCAAGCGCAAGGUGACCAACACCCCUGAAACCCCACGGAAGCCCCCCCAGCCUCCUCCCCGGCCUCCUCCGGACUAUCUGCAUGGCGGGUCCCCUCCCAUGCCAUUGCCAGCACACCUUAUCAGGGCUCCUAGGAACCCCCCUGGGGCCGGGUCCCAAGUAGAGAGGAAGGAGUCAUCCAGGAGGCCACCCCCAAACCGGCCAAUGCCCCCUCCACCAAAUUGCAUCCUCUCCCAGGAUUUCUCCAGGCCCCGGCCGCCCCAGAAGGCUCUCCCAGCUAACCCAGUGCCAGGCCGCAAGAACCUCCCCCGGCCGGGCGGCACCUCCAUCCUGCUGCCCACUGCGCCUGUCCCUCAGCACCCCCGACCUCUGGGAGCACCUGCCCCGAAGUUUCCUGACAACAGGUCACACAGGGCUGGGGGGAUGACGAGCUCCAGAAUCUAGACCUGCCUGAGGGGCUGCUCCCUUCCCUUGAGGACUCUGAACCCCGCAAUCUGGAAGAAGCCUGUCCGGCCACCUCUGAGCCCUCCUCCCCUCCUCCCCUCCCCCUGGAACCACGGCAUCUCUGAAAAUCUCCUUCUUGACUCAGCGCCUCCCCAGUCUCCUCGGAGGCCCAGAGGGACCACUAUCCAAUAGCAUCCAAGUGUUGUUUUGUGCAAUAUACUGGCCCAGGGGUGGGGGGAGGGGCGUGCCGACCCAGGACCUCUUCCCUGCAGGAGAGGAUGAAUGGCAGCUUCUCCUCCAGCCUCCCUUCACCUGGCCCCUCACCUCAGAGGUGUCCCUGGCCCGCCAUCUGAGCCAAGAAGCCUAGCUGGGGAAAGUCCCCUUCAGCCCCUCCUCCGGUCAGGACUUAGCUUGGAGAAGCCAUCCCUGCUCGUCCUGUGGGGCGGG